CAAGCAUCCAUCAAGCAUCCAUCAAGCAUCCAUCAAGCAUCCAUCAAAGCAUCCAUCAAGCAUCAAGCAUUGACGCUUCCCUCACUUUAAGUGCAGGAAUCAAGACUUGUACCUCCUCAAUGGCUCCACGGUCCAAUAGGAUCAUUGGCCGUACCAUCUCGGAUUCAUACCGUUAUCAAUCGACCCCGUUCCGAGGCAACCUUGGCCGAUACGAAGAUAAUGCUGAUAAGCGCCACUGUCUCCGCUAAAAUGCAGUCAUUCUCAAUCGGAAACCGAUAAGACGUCCAUCUCAACCUGCUAUAUGAACCCCGGGCUCAAGGGCUCCUUCACAGGUCAUAGGAGGUAAAGUAAUCUGUACCUCACGACGUGCUGCGAUGGAGCAACUACCGCCUGGUCAGAAGUCAAGUUCGUCCGUAUCAAUCAAGAGUGAAAAGGUGGUUAUAGAGCCGCGACAAGACCAACAGGAUGUGGAAGUCGGUAUGGUGGCAGCCCUGCCUCAUGAGGGAUCAGGGCUCAAACGCAACUUCAACAUGAUCAGCAUCAUGGCCCUCGGGUUCAAUACUUCGAACAGCUGGAUUGCCAUCGCAGGCAGCCUGCCCCUAGCUAUUGCCGGAGGGGGCACCGUGACCUUACUCUACGGUAUCUUGGUGGUCUGCUUUGCCAUGUCCUGCACUGGACUCAGCCUGGCCGAGCUGGCUGCAGUGUAUCCGUCCGCGGGUGGCCAGUAUUACUUCACCGCAAUGCUGGCUCCGGCACAACACCAUCGAUGGCUCUCCUAUUUGUGUGGAAUGGUUGGGAUUUGGUCAUGGGUCGCCAUCGCGGCGUCGCUGUCGUUGAUGAUUACCGAGGGUAUUAUGGCUUUGGUUCUGACCUAUCACCCGACAUUUGUGGCGCAGUCCUGGCACUACUUUCUCCUGUAUCAAGCUGUGCACAUCAUGGCCAUGGCAUAUAACGUUGGUCUACUAUCCAAGACAGUCUGGGUCUAUGAUUGGGCCUUCUACGCUUCCCUCGCCUUAUUCGUGAUCACCACAAUCGUCUGCCCUGCACGAUCGACGGAUCAUGCGGACUCCUCCACCGUCUGGAGUCAUUUUGUCAACUCCUCCAGUGGUUACUGGUCAGAUGGGAUCGUUUUUUUGACCGGUCUCUCGACACCGUCGUAUAUGCUCAUUGGUCUGGAUGCCACAAUGCAUAUGGCAGACGAAUGUCUCACUCCCGCAAGGACGAUUCCGCGUGCCAUUCUGUCGACCGUAAGCAUCGGCUCUGUGGCUGCCUUUGCGUUUGCCUUGGCUAUGUGCUACAGCGUGACCGACUUCGACCGCCUGAUCGAUUCUGCCUCGGGUUUCCCAAUUUACGAUCUUUGGGCACAGGCAAGCCGCUCGACAGCAUGUGCGACUGUCUUCCUCGUCGUGACGAUUGCGAUCAUGUUCGUCUCUGCUUGUGCGAUCCAUUCGACUGCCUCUCGGUUAACCUGGUCCUUUGCGUGUUACAACGGACUCUUUCUUUCUGGGUACCUGAAGCAAGCGAGCCAACGAGAGGGGGUCCCUGUAUACGCCCUCGGUCUGAAUUUUGUUGCGUGCUUUGUGAUCGGCUUUCUCUAUCUAGCCUCCUCCUCGGUCUUUAAUGCAUUUGUCGGAACUGCCAGUAUCUUGUCGCAAAUCUCCGUCACCCUUCCCAUCGCAUUGCUUAUCUGGCAGCGCCGGUCUGCGGCAUACCUCCCUCCGGGCCGCCACUUUGGUCUCUCAUUAGGCCUGGGAUACUUCUGCAACAUCGUCGCCGUCAUUUACACUAUGAUUGUGACGAUCUUUCUCUGUUUUCCGACGUCCUUCCCGCUUACGGGUGGUAAUAUGAACUAUACCGCUCCGGUUCUCGGGGUCAUCGCCAUCCUAACCGGACUUAAUUGGGCGUUCUACGCACGUGGCCGCUACGAAGGCGCGCAUGUCGGAUAGCGCUUGUAGACGAAUAUGUCUCUCGUACUAAUUAAUGAUAUGACGUGAAUAAUCGAG